CGCUAACACGCUAACAAACUCCUCUCCCAUGGCGAAAGACAAGGGCGCGGUGGAGUCUGCAAGAGGAGGCAGCCGUGCCGCCAAAAAGCGUCGCAAGCAGAAAGGCAAGGCGAGCGCCUCGGGCGGCAGCACCCAGCCGACAGCAUCAUCACCAUCCGGCAGCAAUCCGGUGCCACCAUCCAAACCAGGGAGCAGCAGGGAUGAUACCCGACUUGCUACUGCGGCUGGGAGCGCCAAGCGCAAGCGCAAGUCGAUCACCGCUGCUACGUCUAAUUCAGCAGGGCAACCGCCUGUAGCAUCGGGCAAUGGGGCUGCCACCGGAGGUGGCAGCAGCAACGGAGACGGUGACGGGGCCGGCAGCGGCAGCGGCAGCAGCAGGCGCUCUGGCCACCAGAAGCCAGCGCGUACAACAAUCGAUGCGUCCGCGGCCGACGAUCGGUCUCGUCUCUUGCUGGAGCUCGACGCUCAAGGAGUGCUUUCGGACCCGGAUGUCGAGAGCGGCUUGAAAGCUCGGCAGCUGUUGCAGUGGAUCAUCGCUCCGCUGUCGGUGGAGGAGUUCUACGGCACGUACUGGGAACGGAAUCCCUUCGUCGUGCGCGGGCGGCGGGCGGACUACUUCUCCGGCUGGCUGGAAACCUCCGACUUGGAGGCAUUCAUCUCGGGGCAGUCCAUGCAAUAUGGCACCGACCUCGACGUCACCAACUACGUCAACAAGCGCCGCGUCACCCUCAACCCUGCCGCACCCGCACCACCUCCGGAGCAAUCGCCGUCGCCGCCGCCGAAAAAAGGCGGCCACAAGGGCAAGGGUAAAGGCGGUCCUUCCACCAGCGGCAACGGCGCGAGUGGCGACGCCCAUCUUGCCGCAACAGGGAGGGCAGGGGGCGCCGUGGUUACCCCCAAGUUCGUGUGGCAGAAGUUCAGGGAGGGGUGCUCGCUGCGGAUGCCGUGCCCCCAGAAGUUCAGCGACCCCCUGCACCUGCUGCUGUCGGCGCUGGAGGAGGAGUUCGGGUGCAUGGUUGGUUCUAACGUCUACCUCACACCUCCGAGGAGCCAGGGGUUCGCGCCCCACUGGGACGACAUCGAGGCCUUCUUGCUGCAGGUGGAAGGCCGGAAGCGUUGGAGGGUGUACCCCCCCACGGAUGACCAGGCCGUUCUUCCCAGGCUGUCGUCGCCCAACCUGACGGACGAACAGGUGGGAGAACCGGCACUGGAGGUAGUGCUGGAGCCCGGCGACUUGCUCUACUUGCCGAGGGGGUGGGCGCACCAGGCGGAGACCGUGGGAGACGAGGCCUCGCUUCACAUCACCGUGUCCGCCAUGCAGGGAAACUGCUGGGCGGAUUUGGUUGAAGGACUGGUGCCUCAGGCCGUCGCCAGCGCUGUCCAGGCAAACCAAGAGCUGCGGUCCGGUCUCCCUCGGGAUUACUUGGAAUACAUGGGCGUUGUUCACAGUGAUGAGGAGGACAAACGCAGAGACAUGUUCAAGGCCAAGAUGAGGAAAAAGCUCGGGCUUAUCGUCGAGGAGGCUAUCGAGCUCUUAGACGCGGCGGCGGAUCAAAUGGGAAAGAGGUACAUUUCGGACCGCCUGCCCCCGGUGUUGGAAGAGAGCGAGGAGCUUUCGUCAGUGGUAGAGAGAGGGGACGGGGCUAUCACUCCCCUCACCAAGCUUCGCCUGGCGAGGAGAGGGUGCGCAAGGCUGGUGCUCGAAGACGGCGUUGCGGUAGUUUACCACUGCAUGGACAACUCCAGGGUGCAUCACGGCAACGCCAUGAGUCCUCUGCAGUUCGAGCUGGACGACGCGCCGGCGCUGGAGGUGCUGUUGUCGGCGUACCCUCGCCCCGUGACGGUGUCGGACCUGCCGCACCCCCCCACCGAGGACCUCGAGGACAAGGUUGGCAUCGCCGCUGCGCUGUUCAAGGAGAGCUUUAUGCUGAUCGUGGACGACGCCGAGGACGACGAUGAUGCCGAUGGUGGUGAUGGUGAUGGUGGUGGUGAAUCCUCCUCGGAUAAGCAGGGGACAGGGAAUGGCGCUGGGUCGUUGCAGCAGAUGGAGGAGGAGGAGGAGGAGGAUGAAGACGGAGACGGCUUGUGAUCUGGCCAGCGAAUUAGAUACCGCUGUGGAGUAGGGUCGGGAAUGGAAGAGAGGGGAUGUCAAGUAGGAGAAGAGAGAAAAAGUGGUUGGCAUAGUAUACAUGCAAAGUGUUUUGGCGAUUGUAUCCGCCCCGUUCAAUUGGUCGUUUCCAGAAUACGCGGUAAGUAUUGAGUAUACGCAACAUUCUCGGGAGGCAGCAAUUUAGCGCAAGCAAAUUAUUCGAUACGGAGAGAGUGCGUAGUACGCCCUCGAUUUUGGUUAUGACAGCCCCAAACGAAACGCAAUACGUCAUUAUCCAAAAGGCGAAACGAACGAAUAUGCGGGCCGGCGCUGGGACAAAAAAGCAGGUCAACAGAUGGCGGCUUCUGUACAUAUUUGGUGGGGCGGCUGGUGUGGUUUAGAUGAGAAUUGGAUGCGAAUGAACCACCGAUUUUUGGUAUCUUUGUUGUGUUUUUGUGAUGUUCCAUUGUUCGAUUAUCGUCGAAACCCCUAAACCACAGUAGUAGGACAAAAUAGCGACGUCUGCGCGGCUCGUUGCAUUUUCUGUUGUGCAACGCGUACAUCGAAAUUAACUGGAACCUAACACCCGC